GCGUGCGCUCAUAUUUUCUGUCAUUCUCAACCAGAAGGAGACAAAACCUUUCGGCCAUUUUUUUUUCCGCGGUGUUUGUUGUUUUCACCCAGACGAGAGGCUGUUCUCAGGUCGACGCCGAGAUGUUCCGACCGGUCAAACCGCGGCCGGCUCUGAGGAGGGUAAAAUGAUCCCAGAUCAGUUUCUGUUUCGGUGUCAUCGCCGUGGCUCCUUAUCGCGCGGCUGGGUGCGCGGCAGCCUCGCGAUAGCGCCUCGCCUUCCACAAUCAAAGCUUCCGUUUCGCGAACUGGAUGCUGACAGACGCGCGGUCGCCAUGCAGGGGUUACACCGGAUUCGUUCCAGCGAGCCUCUGAGGAAGCUGCUUCUCCACCACCGGACCCGCACGGGGCACAGCACGCGAGACGUCUAGCGGACGCCAGCAAACAAACAAACAAGCCAACAAACAAAACAAAAAAGCUCGGGACUCGCGUUUGGCGGCCGGUUUGGCGACAGCAGGUGUCCGAAACGAUGGACGAAAGUUUGGGAUUCCGCAAACGGCGGUGUGUACGCUGGAUCCUCUCAGCGGUAAAGUGGCUUCAUGAGUGUCCAAAGUAACAGUGGAAGUGGUGGUGGAAGUUUGGAGGCGACGCCAUCUUGGUCGCAGCUCUCCUCGUCCCCAACGAUUUCUCAACAACAUAUAACGGCGACCGCAAAGAGCAAGGAAGGCCCCAUGGAGGAGCUGCACAGCCUGGAUCCCAGGAGACAGGAGCUGCUGGAGGCCAGGUUCACAGGAGCUGUCAGUGGUAACACAGGAGGCAGCACUGGGAGCACCAGUGGAGGUGCUAAGGGUCUGGCCAACGAGUCCUCCAACCACAGCUACGGCAGUCUGGGCUCAUCCAGCGACAAGGAAUCCGAGAACUCUGAUUUGAAAAGAGGGAGCUCCCCUGCCUACUCAACCCCGGAGAAAAAACACUCUGAAUCGUCCAGAGGGAGGAAAAGGAAAGCGGACACCUAUUCAGAAAGCAGUCAAGGGAAGACCUCCACACGAGGGCCCAAGAUCAGCGACUACUUUGAUUUCCAGGGUGGGAAUGGUUCCAGUCCAGUCAGGGGUCUCCCCUCAGCCCGCCGGUCUCCACAGAACUCUCACUCUGCCCCAGGCUCAAUCAUCCGGCAGAACAGCUCCUCGCCUACGAGUCUGUGUUUUGGCGAGCACAAUCCUAAAGCUUCCUCCAGCAAGUGUGUCCAGACGGAUCUAACAGGGCUGAAACUUGCUGCUCUGGAGAGCAACAAGAGUCUGGACCUGGAAAAAAAAGAGGGGCGAAUAGAUGACCUGCUGAGAGCUAACUGUGACCUGCGCAGGCAGAUUGAUGAACAGCAGAAACUCCUGGAGAAAUACAAGGAGAGGCUCAAUAAGUGCAUCACCAUGAGCAAGAAGCUGCUAAUAGAGAAGAGCACCCAGGAGAAGCAGUCGUGCCGCGAGAAGAGCAUGCAGGACCGCCUCCGUCUCGGUCACUUCACCACGGUCCGACACGGAGCGUCUUUCACAGAGCAGUGGACGGACGGAUACGCAUUCCAGAACCUGAUCAAGCAACAAGAGGGCAUCAACCAGCAGAGGGAGGACAUAGAGCGACAGAGGAAGCUGCUGGCCAAGAGGAAGCCUCCCAACCCUGCGUCUCCCUCCCUCUCGGUUGCCUCCACUUCUGAGGCCAAGCAGCGGAAAACUAAGGUGGUCAACGGCAACGACUCCGACCCGUUUCUCAAGCCCUCGCUGCCUCAACUACUGACGCUUGCGGAGUACCACGAGCAGGAAGAAAUCUUUAAGCUUCGCCUCGGACAUCUGAAGAAGGAGGAAGCGGAGAUCCAGGCUGAGCUGGAGCGGUUGGAGCGGGUGAGGAACCUCCACAUCCGAGAGCUGAAGAGGAUAAACAACGAGGACAGCUCUGCUUUUAAAGACCAUCCCACCUUGAAUGAGAGGUACCUCCUGCUGCACUUGCUGGGCAGGGGUGGCUUCAGUGAAGUCUAUAAGGCUUUUGACCUGUUUGAGCAGCGCUACGCAGCUGUCAAAAUCCACCAGCUCAACAAGAACUGGAGAGAGGAGAAAAAAGAGAACUACCACAAGCAUGCAUGCAGGGAGUACCGGAUACACAAACAGCUGGACCAUCCCAGAAUAGUCAAACUCUAUGACUAUUUCUCCCUGGACACUGACACGUUCUGUACAGUUCUGGAGUUCUGUGAAGGCAACGACCUGGACUUCUACCUGAAGCAAAACAAGCUGAUGUCAGAGAAGGAGGCACGUUCCAUUGUCAUGCAGAUUGUCAGCGCCCUGCGCUACCUCAACGAAAUCAAGCCCCCCAUCAUCCACUACGACCUCAAGCCCGGUAACAUCUUAUUGGUGGACGGCACCGCAUGUGGAGAGAUCAAAAUCACAGACUUUGGCCUGUCCAAGAUUAUGGAUGACGAUAACUAUGGUGUGGACGGGAUGGACCUCACCUCACAGGGGGCGGGAACCUACUGGUACCUUCCUCCAGAGUGUUUCGUGGUGGGGAAGGAGCCGCCUAAAAUCUCCAACAAGGUGGACGUCUGGUCUGUGGGAGUGAUCUUCUUCCAGUGCCUCUACGGCCGCAAGCCUUUUGGUCACAACCAGUCACAGCAGGAUAUUCUCCAGGAAAACACCAUCCUCAAAGCCACGGAGGUCCAGUUCCCUGCUAAACCACAGGCUAGCACAGAGGCAAAGGCAUUUAUCCGGCGCUGUCUGGCUUACCGCAAGGAGGACCGGUUUGAUGUUCACCAACUGUGCUCGGACUCCUACCUCCUCCCUCACAUGAGGCGCUCAAACUCCUCCGGCUCCCUGCAGUCCUCCGCCUCAUCUCUUUCUACCUACUGACUGGCUCUCUCGCAUCAUUAAAAGUAGCCUCUGGCCGAUCUCAAGGCAGGGUUGUUGGAACUUAAAGAUGAUGGAUGGGGCUCUUUUUUUUUUUUUUUCACCUGAGCUUUUCCCAAAUGGAUGAAUAAGCAAUAGAGCAGAGUUUAAUGGAAAACAUGAGAUGGAAAAGAAUAAAGAAGUGGAUGACGGAUACUCCCUUUGCACCGGUCUCUAGAACUCUACUGCGCAAGAGAGGGGAAGGAACAUGACUGGAAAAUAGGAGAGAGAGGGAGCAGGGCAAGAAUUGAAAGAAAAUGAUGAUUCAUCUAGUCGAUUUCUUUAUGGACUUAAUUAAAUGCUGUAGGAGCCAGCUGUAGGAGCCGUAGAUGCCGUGUGCAAGCCCACCUCUCUUAGCUCUACCCCAAAAUAAAUGCUACAAGAUGGCUUCCCAUUUCUUCAGCAUAACGAAGCUGUUGUAGACGUUAUCUCGUUGCCAACUUGAGGGUGGCGUUGACCAGCAGGAAACUUGAGUGAAAAGCGGAAACAGGUGUGCGUUGCAGAGCGAGUACGAGUGACCAAAUGUUGGCGACCUGCUCGCAUAAACUCUACAAGCCAUUGUUAUAAGGCACAAAAUGUGGGCUACAUCUGAUGGAGUUUACCCUGACGAUUCCACUUGUACAUGAUGGGGUUCACUUGAAAGAGAUGUUGUAGCCUCCAGAUCAAAUUUCUGGGGUUGAUUUGCACUUCCGGUCCGGGUUUGAGUGAUCGGGUCUUGCACAUUUGGCAUGAAGUUCUGCAGCGUGGGCUUGUUCUCAACUUCUCAGUCACCAAGUCCUCUGUUCAUAGUUUCCUUUUGUUGCAAGGCAAUUCAGAUCAACCGCUGGGUUUACAGGAAGUAGCUCUGUGAAUCAGUCUUAAUCGCCUUCGUUGUUCAGGUGAGAGUCUUAAGUAUUACAGUACCAUGGUUUCAUUGACGUCCUCAUCGUCCCGCCUGAAGAGCGUUGGACUGACCCGAGCGACUGGAUCGGCUGUUACUGUACUGCAAAGACCUGGGACUCUGAAUUGAGUACAUUUCACAUGCAGGAGACAUUACUCACUAGCAAAUCCAUAAUAAUGAGGCUUACUCUUUCUUUCCCAGCGUCUCACUUUGCGCCGUUAUUUUGUGUCUCCUCCUGAAAGCUGUUCUCAGUUUGCUGCUAUAAAUUUUGCUUUUAGUUUGUGACGUGUGAAUGGUUUUUGCCUUGAAUAUGUGCAUACUUGAACUGCGUUAAGAGGGAGCACUCUUCAUAACCCCUCUUCUGAAUCUGUCAAACCCUGCCCCACCCCCACUGUGCUAUUCGGGGUGUGCAACACACUUUAGUGCCACAAACACCAAUGUCCACAUUUAAUUUUAGGUACAAGUCCAAGCGUCGACAUGUGGGGGCACAGUCCCUGUAUGCUGUGUUGGGAGGAAUGGUUUACUGCAACUCAUGAAUCAAGUGGAUGUAUCCCAAAUGUUUUCAUCCUAUAAAUAAAACACUUACCUGUA